AUGGGAUCCUCACGGAAACGACCUAGAACCAAACCUCCCAGCGUGGAAGAGUCUCCCAACAACACCCAACCGGCCGACGAUAGCCCGCCCUCGACCCAAGUGGCGGGUAAAUCUAGCAGGGCCACCAAGGCAGAGGAAUCUGCCUCCACUCCUUUAGAGAAGAUCCGGCCUGAGGGAGACUCGAGUAAGGAGAUCAAGUCGAAGAGCAGCUGGUAUGGCACUUGGCCUCGAAAGUCGACCGCUUCGACCCAGGUAGCCAGGGAGACGAUUCUAGCAGACAAGCCGAGUAAUGGAACCGCUUCGGCAGAUUUGAGUGCCUUUACGCCCAAACGACCUCCAGCAACCGUGGGGGACGGGAGGCCUCCUUCGAUGUAUCUCGGGAAGAGCAAGGAGACCUCCGAUGUCAGUAUGGGUGGGACACUAGAAGAAGAAAUUGAUACGGAUAAGGAGAGAAAGACAAACAACUCGUCGUCUGCUGGAGAAACCCCUAAAACCGAGACGUCUGACAAGGCUGAGGAGACGUCUGGCCAAAAGCCGACCCACCCGGAACCAGAUCCUGUACAGAAGCCAGCAAUAUCUUCUGGCUGGUUAGGAGGCUGGCUAGGCAGGCCUGCUGUCCCGCCUUCACCCGCGCCAGAUGCAUCCAUCUCAGUCACAAAACCCGCAGAAGAGUCGCCCGCGGCAGUUCAAGACGAGCCACAGCCAGAACAAACUGCCGCAUUGGCUCCGGCAGAAGAGUUGCCAAAGACAGCCAAGACACCUACAGCUUCAACGUCAUGGUUUGGCCUGUGGUCUACAGCUGCACCUUCUACUGCAAAGGAAGCGUCAAAGGAAGCGCCAAAGGAAGCUCCAAAGGAACAGAUUCCUGUCAAAAUAGACCAGAACGACGGUGAUACUGUCAUGGAAGAUGCACCUUCAAAGCCUAAUACCGAACCGACAGCUGGGUCUAGCUGGGCAUUCUGGUCUACAGAUACGAGUAAAAAGACCGCAAAAACCCCAGGAAAAUCUAAAGAAGUAGGUCAGCUUGCGGUCGCUGGCGAGGUAUCCCAAAACCAACCAGAACCCGCAAAGGCCCCACCUGUUAAAGAAGAGAAGAAAACCCGGCCAAGUAAAAGGGGAAGAACAGUGUCCGUCGAGGUAGACGAAACCUCGAAAAGCACGGCACAACCAGAAGCAGCUUUAACAAAAGUCCCUUCGACGCAAACCCCAGUUCCUUUAAAAGUCGCUCCUCCUAAUCUCAUCAUACCAUCGGUGAGAAACACAUAUCGGCUGAUGGAGAAUCCGUCAAUUCUUCAACAAAUUGCACGUUUGAUUCUUCACGGCCAGCAAAAACCUGUGAAACAUGUUUUCUUGGCUAAGGAAUUACCGAAAAUCAAAAAGGCCAUCGCCAUUGGCAUUCAUGGUCUCUUCCCAGCACCUCUGCUACGCACAGUUAUUGGCCAACCCACAGGUACCUCAGUUCGCUUUGCGAACCAUGCCGCAGCUGCCAUAAGGCGGUGGGCCGAUCAGCAUGGCUGUUUCGAUUGCGAGAUAGAGAAAGUUGCGCUUGAAGGCGAAGGUAAAAUCGCUGAACGUGUUGACAAUCUUUGGAAGCUGCUUUUGAAUUGGAUUGAACAUGUCCGCAAGGCCGACUUCAUUCUGGUUGCUUGCCAUUCACAGGGCGUGCCUGUGGCUGUGAUGCUGGUAGCAAAGCUUAUCGAGUUCGGUGUCGUGUCAACAAGCCGGAUUGGUGUAUGUGCAAUGGCUGGCGUUUCCCUGGGGCCAUUUGCAGACUACAAGUCCAGACUUUUCAGCGGUUCCGCUGGAGAGCUCUUUGACUUUGCAGACCCAGAAAGUGCGGUGUCCAAGAAAUACGAAGAUGCCCUCCGAAUUUCAAUGAAAUACGGAGUGAGGGUCACAUAUUGCGGUUCAAUUGAUGACCAAUUGGUCUCUAUGGAGUCCUCCAUCUUCUCCCCUGCUAGCCACCCUUAUAUCUAUAGAGCCGUUUUUGUUGAUGGCCGCAUCCAUGCUCCAAAUUUCUUAUCACAUUUAAUAGGUUUCGCUUUGAAGUUGCGCAAUCUCGGCGUCUCUGACCACGGCCUCAUCCGUGAGUUAUCAGCGCCUCUGGCGGGCAGUUUAUACACAGGUGAAGGCCACUCGAGAUUGUACGACGAUGAAAGAGUUUAUGAUCUCGCCGUCGAGUAUGCUUUAGAGACGACUUCGGUGGGAGACGUACCUCUUGAAAUCAAGAAGUACCAGAUACCUACGAAUAACAAUCCGUAUGUCCUCCCAUGGAUUAUGCGGGGGUUGCUGGAGGAGGACUUCGUCAAGACGGAGCUCGACACGGAAGUCACGGAACUACUAAAGCAAUUCGAUGAAUGGAAGCCGGCUACAAAGGUGUUGAAAGACGUGAAGUACCGGCUGGAGGCUGUUAGGUCCAAGCUAUGA